AAAUGGUAAAAGACGUUUGGCGCGGCUGGUCGACAGACUGCAGACAGCAGAGGGAGAGGAGAGCAGGUCAAACCGGCGGUUCAGCUGCUUUCUAGUAUUUUCUCUUGGAGAAAAGGCCGAGAGACAUUCGUACGCUUACUAAGAGAGAGUUGGUGCGGUUUUAUUUGGGGUCUUUCCUCAUUCUCUCGUCGGCCGUCUAUCGAAGCUUGCCCUGCGCAGGCGGACGGAAAUACCUUGAAAAUGCCUCCCAUCGAAAAUGACACCGGGAAGAAUGAACUCAAAUCUCGGAUACAGCAGCUUAUUGACACAAACCAAGUGAUGGUUUUCAGUAAAAGCUACUGUCCGUAUUGUGUCAAGGUGAAAGACUUGUUCAAAGAGCUUAAAGUCGAGUGUAAUGUAGUGGAGCUGGAUCUCAUAGAGGAUGGAACCAACUACCAGGAGAUGCUGCUCGAGAUGACCGGACAGAGAAGUGUUCCGAAUGUCUUCAUCAACAAGACGCAUGUCGGCGGCUGUGACAAAACAAUGCAGGCUCAUAAAGACGGCAGCCUGCAGCAGCUACUGAGCGGAGAAAAUGAAUCUUACGACUAUGACCUGAUUGUCAUCGGAGGAGGAUCUGGAGGCCUGGCCUGUUCAAAGGAAGCUGCUAUAUUGGGGAAGAAGGUCAUGGUACUGGACUAUGUUGUGCCUACACCAAAGGGAACAACCUGGGGUCUCGGUGGAACUUGUGUGAACGUGGGCUGUAUUCCCAAGAAGCUGAUGCACCAGACGGCCAUGCUAGGCACCGCCAUGCAGGAUGCACGCAAGUUCGGCUGGGAGUUCGAUGAGACAGGUGAGGGCUCAGAGCAGCGACCCAGGAGGUCACUAAGGGGGGACAUCACACCAGUUUGGCGCGUCAAGCACAACUGGGAGACGAUGAAGACGGGGGUGAACGACUACAUUGGCUCACUGAACUGGGGCUACAGGGUUGCACUGAGAGACAAGAAUGUCAACUACGUCAAUGCGUAUGCAGAGUUCCUUGAACCACACAAAAUCAAGGCAACAAACAAACGAGGAAAGGAGACAUUUUACACAGGGGCUACAUUUGUCUUAGCCACAGGCGAGAGGCCACGCUACCUGGGCAUCCCCGGAGACAAGGAGUACUGUAUCACCAGUGAUGACCUCUUCUCGUUGCCUUACUGCCCGGGAAAGACCCUGGUGAUCGGAGCAUCAUACGUGGCUCUGGAGUGCGGUGGUUUCCUGGCCGGCCUGGGUCUUGAUGUGACCAUCAUGGUCCGGUCCAUCCUGCUGAGGGGCUUUGACCAGGACAUGGCCAACCGUGCCGGAGAGCACAUGGAGGAGCAUGGUGUCAAGUUCCUCCGCAAAUAUGUCCCUACUAAGAUAGAGGAGCUGGAAGCGGGCACUCCAGGCAGGCUGAAGGUGACGGCCAAGUCCACUGAAACCGAUGAGAUCAUCGAGGGCGAGUACAACACUGUGUUGAUAGCAGUGGGCCGAGACGCAUGCACAGACAAGCUUGGCCUAGACAAAACUGGGGUCAAAGUCAACCCCAAGAACGGAAAAAUUCCAGUGAACGAUGAGGAGCAGACCAGCGUGCCCCACAUCUACGCCGUCGGAGACAUCCUAGAAGGCAAGUGGGAGCUGACACCUGUAGCCAUCCAGGCUGGCAAGCUGCUGGCACGACGCCUCUAUGGGGGCUCAACAGUCAAGUGUGACUACAUCAACGUUCCCACCACUGUCUUUACCCCACUGGAGUAUGGCUCCUGCGGUCUGUCAGAGGAGAAAGCCACUGAGCUCUACGGGGACGAAAACCUCGAGGUGUUCCACAGUCUGUUCUGGCCUCUGGAGUUCACUGUGCCCGGCAGAGACAACAACAGAUGCUACGCUAAGAUCAUCUGCAAUAAACUGGAUAACGAUCGAGUCAUUGGAUUCCACUAUCUGGGUCCAAAUGCUGGAGAGGUGACGCAGGGCUUCGGCGCAGCCAUGAAAUGUGGUGUUACUAAGGAGCAGCUUGACGGCACCAUCGGCAUCCACCCCACCUGCGCUGAGGUCUUCACCACUUUGGAGGUGACCAAGAGCUCUGGUGGAGACAUCAGCCAGGCCGGCUGCUGAGGUUAAACCCUGCUAGUUUAGCGGGCUGCUCUCAUAUUAGACUCUCUUACCAACCCCUCUCAUCUCAGUUCAACCUCUAAGCUCAGCUUCACCUCCAACUGCUCAGUUUACAGGGCAGUAGUUUCUCAGGACAAACCUAACACCACGGCCAGCGUCUGGAUGAGUGAAAGCACUCAUUUAGGCUCGCUGAGAGCUCAGAGGUGACUGAAAGAAGUCAGAGCUGAGGAUGUGUAAAUCUCCAGCUCUGGCUGAGGUCGUUUGAUAUGAGGGCAGCCUGCUGAACAGCGGGGUUACUCUGCUGAUGUUUCUACUGGACUCCAACAGUGUGUCUUUCUCAGAGGAGCACCAUCACACACACUGCCGCUGAGUAUGUGUGUGUGUUUGGGCUGUUUGUGACGUCCUGGCCCGUAACCUGAAUUACUAGGUGGGUGAGGAUCGAUGUAUCUCUGCAGAAGCACCUGAUGGUGGCCCAAACCCUUCGUCCAACCCCCAACUUCAAACACUUCUCAUUCAGCCUCAGUACACAGAUGGCAUACAGAUGGAAAUUGACUUUAGUGAGACAGAUUUAAAUUGGCACACAACCAGGGUUUGAACGGAUGCACGGCUCUGAAUUUGGUCCAGCUUGUGAUGGAAACUUAAUAUUUAAUCAGGUCUGUCUGAGUGUGUAUAGAAAAUAUGUUGUCAACGUCUCUUCUGUUGAGCUUUCAUCAUUCCACACAUAUUCCUCUUAACAUGUCUUUAGGCUGAAUCUGAGGGUGAUACAUGUAGCUAUCAAUACCUGUCUUUGCUGUGUGGAGGGGUUUCUGCCUUAAAGAGAACUCCCUUUAUCUCUACCAAAGUGUUUAUCGAAACAAGUCUUCACAGAGAUCAAGAGCCGGCAAACCUACACCUUUCAAACCUCAAUGUGCUGCAACAAAACACUGUCAGACAAAUUCAAUGGAAAAUACAUUAUGGAUUGUACUGAAAAUUGUGUUUAAGGAAAAAAAAAACAUUUUCACAAGUUUAUACUAAAUUAAUUUAAUGCUUGUUUGUUGCAUCUUGCUGUUUGACUCUGCUUUAUGUGUAUGUACAAGAUAUAUUCAAUCUUCUAGAGGACAGUGUUCUGACUGCUGUCAGUGAGUGACAUUGGUCAUCUGUAUAAAUGACUUGUUCAUUGGUGUCAAACCACUGUAGAUUUCUUCUCUCAAGAUUUAAUAAAGGAUGAAUUCACCUCCA